AUGCAGUCUUCCUCUACGCAACCCCCUCUGGAACGUGGCAGGGCAUGUGCUCGCUGCAGACGCAGGAAGAUGCGCUGCGACGGGCAACGACCCGCCUGUGGCCAAUGCGAACGGGCAGACCGCGCCGAGGACUGCGAAUACCAGGACGGCAAUAGUCCGACGCAGAACCAGCUUCUCGAGGAUCAGGUAGCGGAUCUCGAAAGGCGUAUUGCACAUAUCAACGCCGGAAGGGAUCCGAUCGUACUGCAUGACCCUUACCACACGUGGAACGCGGCGCAACGAUCAGCGCAAAACGACCACGAUCCUAUGCGGGCUCUCGUGCGGCAAUUCACCCAACACGCGACCGAGUUCGGGUUCUUCCUCCACAUCCACCGCUUCCUGGAUAAGGUCUUUUUGCAGAGUAACUCCACCCACAGCAACAGCCUGCGCAUCCUGCUUAACGUCAUCUACCUCAUUGGCGCAAAGCUCUCUGGUAAUCCACAGGUGAAGGCUCAAGAGCGGGCCUAUCUGGACCGGGCCCUGCAGCAUCUUCCCACUGCCCUUCCCGAGGAUCCUCGCGGGGCGAUCUACGUCAUGCAGGCUGAGGUUCUUCUUGCCAACUACUUCUUUGACAGCGAUCGCAAACUGGAGGGUGUGUACCACACUAAUGCCGCCGUCUCAAUUGCGGUGGCUUCCCGGCUGCACACGAUUCGUAGCGCCAGGCGCAGCCGUUCGACUACGGACGCUGCCACGUACCGCCUCCCGCCUCCCGUAGACCUCCUGGAAGAAGGCGAGCGUAUCAACGGCUUCUGGACGGUAUUCGUCCUCGACCGCUGCUGGGCCGUAGCCACUGGGUCUGCACCCGCCUUUACGGACAGCGAGUCUGCCGGGACACAGAUAGACACGCCCUGGCCCAUGGAACUAGCGGCUUACCAGAGCCAUCCGUUCCCCAAUGAAUUCCGCAGCAUGCGCACUGUGCAGUCAUUCAUCAGCGGAGCGGAGAGCGACGCGAACGUGGCGCACCAGAGCAUCCUGGCCAUGCACGCCAAGGCCGCGAUUCUGUACGAGGGCGCGACUCGCCUCGCGUCCAGGUACAACCCUUCUUCCCAAGCAACCUUCUUGUCCCUGGACAACCGCAUCGAGAGUUUCAAGCGGGCGCUGCCCCGUAUCGACCCCGCUCGCGUGGACAUCCUGCGCCCCGCCCUUCUCGUGCACACGCUCGCGAACUGCGCCAGCAUCCAGCUCCACGCGCCGCUCGUGCAGGACCGCGUUACCGCGAACAGCCGGACAUACCAGGCGGCGCAUGCGGCUGUGAGGUCCCUGCGCGAAAUCGAAGGCGGGGUGCUGUUCUGCGUCAACCCGUUCGCAGGGAUCCUCUGGAGCUCAAUCGGCCGGGUGAUCUUGCAGGGCCUGUCCACUGCCCGACAGAUGCGUGCGGCAGGCGCGACCGUGGCUCAGGGCCUGCCCGACGAGGGCACUCUGCAGUCGGAGAUGGCACGCCUCACCGCUGCUAUGGGUCAGAGCGCACCCUUCUCGCCGUUCAUGUCUUCUCAGAUCAGGCCCCUUCGUCCCGGCCGCCCGGCGGCGUGA